AUGGUAAAAAAGGGAAAUGAUAAGCCCACUGCUGGGAAAGAACAAAUAAAACAAGGCAAUACGAAUCCUAUAUCCCAAUUAUCUAGUGCCUUAAAACAGGUUAAUAUUGUAAGUGCCGAAUCCGUUCCGAAUGAUGUUCGAUUUGAUAUAAAUGGCGAUACAAGUUUAAUGGAUAGUUCUCAAAAUCAAAAUGAUGAACCUCAGGAGUUUUCUAGAAUUACAAAUUUUUUCCAAAAUCAACCACUUGAUGGUUAUACGUUGUUUUCACAUAGAUCUGCGCCAAAUGGUUAUAAAGUGGCAAUUGUUUUAAGUGAAUUGAAAUUAAAGUAUAAUACAAUUUUCCUUGAUUUUAAUAAAGGGGAACAUAGAGCUCUAGAGUUUGUAGCAAUGAAUCCCAAUGCAAGAGUGCCUGCUGUUAUCGAUCAUGGUCUGAAUAAUUUAGCUCUGUGGGAAUCUGGAGCUAUAUUAUUGCAUUUAGUAAAUAAGAAUUGGAAGGAUACAGGAAAACCUACUUUGUGGUCAGAUGAUUUGGCAGAACAAUCCCAAAUAACAGCAUGGUUAUUUUUCCAAACUUCUGGGCAUGCACCAAUGAUUGGACAAGCUCUCCAUUUUAAAUAUUUCCACACACAAAAAAUUCAAAGUGCAAUUGAUAGAUAUACGAACGAAGUAAGAAGAGUAUAUUCCGUCAUUGAGAUGGCUCUAGCUGAAAGAAGGGAAGCAUUAAUAAUGGAAUUUGAUUCCGAAAAUGCUCAAGCCUAUUCUUUGGGAACUACACAGAUGUCGCAAAGCAAAUUCUCUGAGUAUCCUGUAUGGUUAGUUGGUGAUCAGUUAACAAUUGCAGAUGUAUGUUUUGUUCCUUGGAAUAAUGUCGUUGAUAGGGUUGGAAUAAAUAUUAAGACGGAAUUUCCAGAAGUUUACAAAUGGACGAAACAUAUGAUGAGAAGACCUGCUGUAAAUAAAGCAUUCCGUGGUGAAUAA